ACAGGGUGUUGUUUGACGUCAUUGAGGUGCGACGGCGCUGCAGCAGUGGAAUGAUGCAGGAGGGAAAGAAAAGAGAGAAAGAGAAGAAACGGGGACACAGUGACCGAGAGCACAGUGAUGGAGAGAUGAAGAGGAGGAGCACUGGACGCAGCUCGGAGGAGCCCGAGGUUCCUCAGGAGCUCUGUGAUCUGGAGGAGGGUGGACUGGACCUGAACAAGGUCUUCAGACCCAUCAGUGCCUACAUGCAGGACCGCGAGGAGAUGCUGGAGCAGUGCUUUCAUGUGCUGGGAGAGAAUAAACUCCUGAAGAUGCUUCCCGAUCAACUCAAGGACUGUUCGUUCAGUGAGAUUAAGAAGCUGUGCUGGGAUCAGCUGCAGCAGCUCUCUGAGGUUCAUCUUCUGGAGAUUCUGGAGGGUAAAGAGUUAUCAGUCGCACCUGAAGAGAAGAACUUUACUGACAGUCAGCAGGACAGUAACGUGGACUCCACUUCGUCUCUGAGAGAAGAUCCUGAAACAGAAGAAAAGCAAGGCGCAGGUUCUGGAGAAGACAGUGACGUUCUCAGCAUCAACGCAGAGAUUGAUGACAGUGACAUUGAGGGUCAUAAAGUGGUGAAAGCUGAAGAAUCGGCGAGAGAUGAAGCUCUGGCUCCCAGCGCCGAGCCCAAAGUGGAGCUUCAGCAGGACAUCGACAGAAGCGUGAGUGAAAUUCUGGCUCCGACGUCUGGCUCUGAGCCCGAAGAUCUGAGGGAAGCGUCACCGGAAAAACCAUCAGCUGAAGAAAGGGCUCCAGCAGCUGCAGUGAAGCAGCCGUCGACUCAGCAGCUGGAGUUACUGGAGCUGGAGAUGAGAGCCAGAGCCAUCAAAGCACUCAUGAAAGCCAGCGAGACCCACAAACACACUCACUGCUGACACAGACACACACUCACUGCUGACACACAAACACACUCACUGCUGAGACACAAACACACUCACUGCUGACACUCAGCCUCAAAGUGUGAUAAAUACCUUUUAUUAUUUGAUCACACUAAAUAACAGCAUAGAUGAUUAUUUGCAGAUGCAAAUGACUUCACCUUAAGUAACCUUACAUAUUUUCUAUCAGGUUUGAUCAGAAAACUCAUCAAAAUAGCCAUCCAUCCACCUCAAAGACAAUGUUAUUUUGUGAGAAAAUUAAUAAAAAAAGUUAACUCUUA